GCACAUUACCCUUACAGCGCAACACCAUCGCCGGCAGGAUCCCCCUCUGGUGGAGCCCACGGCUACUAUCGACCUGGAACCGCGCGCCCAGGACCCUCCCCUCGCCACGCGCGACAUACCUCAACUGGAGAUGCAUUUGGAUACUCCCCAAGGGGAGCUUUCUCCCCCAGAUAUAAUUCCAGCGGAUACUACGCGACAGCCAAUGUGAGUCGAAAACAAAGUUCGUAUGCGGCUCCGCGCCAUGAGCGGCGAAAUUCUUACUCCUAUCGAGCCUCAUAUGGGGAUUCCGACGAGGACGAAUAUGAAUAUGUAGACUAUCUGGUGGAUGGUGUUAUCUACCGGGAAUAUAGUCGCCGGCCUACAAAGUCAAGUCAUAAAUAUCGUGGGCAUGGCACUGAUAAGUACUACUAUUCUCAGGCUCAAGGCGCGUACUAUGAUAGAGAAGAGUCUCCAUACGACGACCCACUACACCGAAGACGCCGUCAAUCGUCUUCCACACCACAACGACCCCACACCGCGCGACCGACCGCUGCACCAAGAAAGCCAAAUCCCAUCGCCGUCGCGACCGAGGCAGACGCCAAGAAGCAUCGCAUUCCCCCUGGAUACUCGCUCAAGAACUGGGAUCCUUCCGAGGAACCCAUCAUGCUCUUGGGCAGUGUCUUCGAUGCAAACAGUCUUGGCAAAUGGAUCUACGACUGGACCGUGUACCAUCACGGUCCCGCGACACCGAUCGCCGACAUGGCUGGUGAGCUUUGGCUUUUGCUCAUCCAGCUUGCCGGUAAGGUCAAGCGCGCCGAAGAAUGCAUGGAUCGCAUUCGAACCAAGGAGAACAGAGAGAUGGUCGAUGAUUUCAUCGAAUCAGGAGAGAGACUUACGGAUAAGUUGAAGAAGUUGCUAAAGGCCUGCGAGACACCGAUGUUGAGGGCAGGCAAGAAGUCUUCAAGGGACUCAACCUCCCAGUUGGGAAAGAACGCAGGUACCGAAUUCGUCGACUCCAUCUUUGGUCGCGAUCGGGAACUCGAGGCCACAGAGAAAUUCAUGUCUUCCAUUCGCCUGUGGAACCUCCGCUUCGACGCCAACUGCGAGGAUAUCCUUCGCAGACCG